AAUUUGUGCAUGCAUAUUGUAAUGCAACAUAUCCAUGCAUUUGUUCACAGAUCCCUUCGUCUGAGCCCUUAUUCUGUGGAAGGUGAGAAUAUGACUACAGUGAGAGCCUUUAUCCUCCUGGGUUUUACAGAAAAGCCUGAACUGAUCCCUUUCUUCCCUGUUCUCUUCCUUCUUCUGUAUGUGCUCACUGUCUUGGGCAAUGGUUGGAUGGUUACUCUCAUCAAAGCUGAACAGCACCUGCACACUCCCAUGUAUUUCUUCCUCAGUAACCUCUCUCUCUUGGAUCUUUGUUACUCCUCAGUCAUUGCACCCAAAGCCUUGGAGGUUCACUUGCACUGGGGCAGGGCUUUCAUUUCCCUGCCAGCCUGUGCCACUCAGAUGUUCUGCUUCACCACACUGGUGACUGCUGAGUGUUUCCUCCUGGCAGCCAUGGCAUAUGACCGCUUUAUGGCUAUUUGCCACCCAUUGACUUAUGCUUUACUCAUGACCCAAGGCCGCUGCACCUGCCUUGUGUUGGGGGCUUACUGCUGUGGUCUAGUGGGCUCCGUCAUCCAAACAACUGGUGCCUUCCGCCUGUCCUACUGUGGGCCCAACAAGAUCAACCACUUCUUCUGUGACAUCCCUGCAGUCUUGAAGCUCUCCUGCUCAGACACCUGGCUUUCUGAAGCGAUCCUCUUUGCUUCCACCAGUGUCAUAGCUGUGGUGACCACAGCAGUCAUCUUAAUCUCCUAUACGCAGGUUUUGUGGAAUGUCCUUAGGGGCCACACUGGCCAAGGGUGGUGGAAAGCUCUUUCUACCUGCACAUCCCACCUCACCACACUUAGUCUCUUCUAUGGCACGGCUAUCUUCAUGUAUGCCCAGCCAAGGACCAAGGCUGAGUCGCUAGACCAAGACAAGGUAGUCUCCUUAAUUUACACUCUAGUGAUCCCUAUGCUGAACCCACUGAUCUACAGCCUGAGAAACAAGGAUGUGAAGGAAGCCAUGAAGCAUCUGAUGAGCAGGAAGAUAGGUCUAUCCAUGAAGUAG